CAGCCUGUGGGUCCCGGGGGCGCAGGGCAGGGAGGCGGGGCGCUCGGCCGGGGGCGGAGCUGCGGCCGCGAGCCCGCCCCCCGCUCGCCCUCCGCCGGCCGGCUGGCGCGGCCAUGGAGGUCUACAUCCCGUCCUUUCGCUACGAGGAGAGCGACCUGGAGCGGGGAUACACGGUGUUUAAGAUAGAAGUACUAAUGAAUGGAAGAAAACAUUUUGUUGAAAAAAGGUACAGCGAAUUUCAUGCCUUGCACAAAAAGCUUAAGAAAUGUAUAAAAACUCCAGAAAUCCCUUCUAAACAUGUUAGGAACUGGGUCCCAAAAGUCUUGGAGCAACGACGACAAGGUUUGGAAACAUAUUUACAGGCUGUCAUUUUAGAAAAUGAAGAGCUCCCCAAGCUGUUCCUUGAUUUCCUAAAUGUGCGACACUUGCCCUCUCUACCAAAGGCAGAGAGUUGUGGAUCGUUUGAUGAGACAGAAUCUGAAGAAUCAAGCAAACUGUCCCACCAGCCGGUGCUACUGUUCCUCAGGGAUCCAUACGUCUUGCCUGCAGCCAGCGAUUUUCCAAAUGUGGUUAUUGAAGGAGUUCUCCACGGGAUAUUUUACCCUCAUCUGCAGCCCAGGAAAUAGAAACCACAGUAGGUAUUUUAAGCAGGAUGGAAUAGUGAGAAAUUGGAUGCUCAUAGAAUCUUUUGGAAGGAUGAGGAGAGUGAACUUCUAGUGGAUAAUCCAGGAAUGACUUCCAGAAUCCUCCAGCAACAUCUAAUACCCACCUGCCAGGGGAGCUACAACCUUUGCCUUAAGCAGGAAUUCAGGGAGCCAGGAGGCUGCUCCUGGAGCUAUUGAGGUCAAAACAAAACAAAAAAACUACGUUGUAGCUGUGAUCCGGGUAUCAGCAAGCAAGAUCAGGAGGUAAUUGUUACCACUAUAACUGCCUCAUAGCAGGAAUCUGGGGACUGGGCCCUGGAACAGAGUGUCCACCUUUGCCACCUGCACUAACAUCCCCUCUCAACACCCUUGACUUUGCUUGCCCACAGCUACAGCCGGAAGAUGGUGUUCACCCACCUCCAUUUUCCAUCUUAUGAAAGCGUAUCCAGUUGGCAGAACCUUGUGAUCAAUCCCCAGCCUCAAGGGAGUCUGGGAGGGCUUGGAACUGCCUGGUCCCUGCACUGCAGGAAUGGACAUUGGAAAGAGGCUGGAAUAUAUUUCCAAGGUUGAAAAUUUAAUAACAACAUAAAAAAGGAUAUAUAGAAAAAGAAAAAUCUCCCACCCCGUCUCCUACAUCCCGUCCCCGCCCCCCAACCACUGUGCUUAGUUUAUAUGUGUACCUACAGAGAUUUCAGCCACAUGCAUGCAAAAUCAUGUUUAGUAUACAUAUUCCAUUUCUCCCUUUUUUACAAAACAAGGGUUUUCCAAGACAUGGAUUCAUAGACAAUAGAGCAGUAAAAGAGUAAAGGGAAGAAAAAAUAAAAGGAAGGGUAACCACACUGUCCCUUAAAGCAGGAGCCCGGGACAGCUGUCAUCUGCUGUGCUCCUAGUUCAUGAAUCUGGUGGUCUGUCUGGGCUGGGUCUCAGACGGUCUCCUGGUGCUUCCUGCGCAGGCUCUCGGGCCUCACCUCCCAUCAUCUGGCCAUUUCCCGACCAGCACCCCUUCUGUCCUCUUUGACCCACCCCACUUUUUCAAACAGCUCUCUAUCUCUGCCACCCUGAAUACACCAACCGUCCCUACCUGGUAAAUCCUCAGUCAGUUUGCUUUGAAAAGUGUAGAAAUGUAAUCCACUCGGUUUACAAAAAUAAAAAUGUCAGUAGAAAACAACCUAUGUGAAUUGCCAACCAUUUUAAACAAAUUUUUUACUUUAAAAUUCUAGCCUCCCCAAUAAAAAUAUUUUUUGAUUUUAAAGAAGUGUCAAAAUCUCAUGAUCACAGUUUAGAAAUAACACAUGGCUCUCAUAUCAUCUGUCACCUGUGAUCAAAUGAUAAGGGCUACUUAAUAAGGAUUCUGGCACACCCUUUAGAGUGACUACU